AUGGAGCACCAAUCUUCUCCUACACCUCAUGUGCUCAUCUUUCCACUACCACUACAAGGCCAUGUAACCCCUAUGCUAAACUUAGCUGAACUUUUUUGCCUAGCAAAUCUGAAAGUAACCUUCCUAAAUACAACCCAUAACCAUAAACGCCUGACCCGGUACACUAACACUGAAGCCCGUUUUGCCUGCUAUCCGGGCUUCAGAUUCAAGACGGUACAUGACGGGUUACCUGAUGAUCACCCACGAGCUGGUGCGAGCAAUGUCAAGGGCUGGCUAAAAGAAAUGAUUCAGGCGUUAGCAUCAAAUGGUAAAUCUCUACUGAGAGAGAUAUUGGUUGGAGAAAAAGAAACAGAAAAAGUUACAUGUUUGGUAACAGAUGGGUGGAUGAGCUUUGCUAAUGAAGUAGCAAAUGAAGCUGAUGUACCAGUGAUUGCAUUCAGGUGUCCCAGUGCUUGCUGCAAUUGGACGUAUUUCUGUAUUCCGAAGCUCAUUGAUGCAGGGGAAGUACCCUUCAAAGAUGAUGAAGAAAUGGACCAGCUAGUAAAGAAUGCACCUGGUAUGGAUAGCUUCCUUCGCUACCGUGACCUUCCUAGCUUCUGCCGAAACCAAGAUAUAUCUUCCUGCCGUGACCUGCAAGACUUAUUCACAGGGGAGAUACAGCGAAACCAGCAAGCCCACUCUUUCAUUCUCAACACAUUUGUGGAUCUAGAAGGCCCGAUUCUUUCUCUCAUUAGUUCACACUGCUCAAAGGUUUACUCCAUAGGUCCGUUACAUGCUCACCUAAAAUACAGACUCGGUCAAAAUGAUGAUAUAACAUUGUCCAACAACUCAACUAGCAGCUUGUGGGAAGUUGAUCGAAGUUGCAUAUCGUGGUUGGACCUAAAGCCAGACAAAUCCGUUGUCUAUGUAAGUUUUGGUAGCUUAACUAUCCUCACAAAGGACCAGCUGAUGGAAUUUUGGGCUGGACUGGUCCAGAGUAAGAAGUACUUCCUCUGGGUUAUAAGGCCCAAUCUCAUAAUAGGAAAUGAUCAAGAUACUCAAGCCCAAGAUGGACUCUUGGAAGGGACCAAGGAAAGAGGAUAUAUGGUCGGAUGGGUCCCACAGGAGGAGGUCUUGGCCCACCGAGCCGUUGGCGGGUUCUUGACCCACAGUGGAUGGAACUCAACACUAGAGAGCAUUGUAGCUGGGGUGCCAAUGCUUUGUUGGCCUUACUUUGCUGAUCAGCAAGUGAACAGCAGAUUUGUCAGUGAAGUCUGGAGAAUUGGCCUAGAUAUGAAGGAUACAUGUGACAGAACAAUAGUGGAGAAUAUGAUCAAUGAUCUAAUGGAGAGGAAGAAGGAUGAACUGGAAAGAUCAAUGGAUAGAAUAUCACACCUAGCAAAGAGGAGUAUUUCUGAAGGUGGCUCAUCCUAUUCUAAUCUUAACCAUCUAAUCGAGGAAAUAAAACUGAUGUCCAAGAAAGGGUAACAUUAGAUUUCAUCCUUCCGAUGAAGGAAAACAGGUGAACAGCUAUAAAUUGUAAAUUAGAGAAAACAAAAGUUCCUUGGCUAAACUAGUAUAAAUUCUAUGCUGAUGAACAUUCAUAAGUCAAA